UCAAAGUGUAUUCCAUGUUGAUUCUAUUUUCCUCAGACUAUGAAAAUGGCGUCAAAAACCAUGAUCGCUCUCUACUCUCUGAUUGCCUUGGCCGUGGCAGCAAGUGCUUUGGUCAAGGAAGAUUUGAUCCAAAUUCCUGAUGCGUUGAAUGUAGAGGAGAACCAGAGCGAGAGCCCCGACGUUUGUGGUGAAGACCAGGAUAAAUGUGCCCUUGUUGAAACGUGUUACGAUGCAAGCGACAAAUGUGAUGGUAUAUAUGACUGCCCAGUUGGUAUCGAUGAAUUCAACUGUGAAGGAUGUUUCGCCUGUAGUGAUAGCUCCGACUGCCUGAAUGAUGUUCGGGUUUGUGACUUCUAUAAAGAAUGCCCAGGAGGGGAAGAUGAGUCUGAGAGUCUCUGCAAACAUUCUGAAUUCAUCAAGAAUGUUCAGGUACCAACUGGAGACUGGGUGACUAUUGACCAACGCUCUGGUGGUGAUGAGAAUCGCAACACCCCAGCAAGCUACUUCAAAAAGUUCACACACUAUGUAUUUCAGGGCGAACCAGGUACAACCCUUUUCAUGGAGUUACUGGAUGUUACCUGGUCUGAUGGCCCGCUAGUCUCCUUGUUUGAAAUCUCUGCUGGUGCUGGAGACGAUCCCACAAACGCAGCAGAUAUUACUUAUUACUUGGCACAUGGAGGUAACGAAGCAAGCAUUAGCAACUCUAGGAACAAUUCUCUCAAGAGCAACACAGGUUUUGCUAUGAUCAAUUUCCCCAAAGGCAUACAUGCUUCUGUCCAGCUACGGGUCACAGCCAUAGCAUGCGAGAGCCCUGAGAGUCUAUGUUUUGGAUCUCCCCACUGCAUGGACAGGGCCAAGGACAUGUGCAAUGGGAAAUACGAUUGUGUCUACAGUCAAGAAGAUGAAUUGAAAUGUGACGGCGCAUCGUAAUGCUCCAUGUAAAAGUUUCAUCGAGAAGUUCGGGAAGCAGACUAGCUGGAUCUUCUCCAUGUGGUCAGACGACAUCUCCGUUUACUGAGACUUUUGUCAAAUUAAUGCGAAAACAAAAAUAAUUGGUGAUCAGUCAUCACUGAUCUUAAUUAGAUAUAAAAAGUGCAAUAAAUAUAUAUAAUACAAUUUGUAUCUCGUUUCAAAGUAAAGUAUCGAUAUGCUUACAUGUAGCCCAAUAUAAU